ACAAACAUGCAUAUCCACAACACAACAUUAAUCAGUGACACCAUUAAAAUGCUACAGCCAAGAAUUCAUUAUGCAGAUGUAGCGCCGACUGUGCACGUCUUUCCCCCUACGCCACAGCCUGUGUGUGCCGGACAACGACGAGGGUGACGUCUGAGUGGGUUGCGUCAAUGCACGGCUCUGGCUGCUGAGUCAAGUUGGUAAAUAAGGUUUGACCUCUCCGUGGGGAGAGAGAGAGCGAGCGAGAGAGCGAGCGAGAUAACCUGGAUUAAACGCUGUUAGCGGCUGCAGCAGCAGCAGCAGCAGCAGCAGGAGCAAGAGAAGAAGAAUAAGAAUAAGGAGACACACAAACAACCUUCAACUACUGAUGCUAGCAACGCAAAGGAGAACGCGCCGUGAAAUCUGCUGUAAUAGUCUCGCUAAAUAAAGUUGGAUAGGUUUUGACUCGCCCGCCACAGUUGACCUCGUCCUCCUGAGUUGGAGAAACAAGCGGCAGAGACCCUGCGCGACAGCUGCUGUCCACCAUGGCAGGUGAUAUGAAGUUACUGAUGCGAGGCUUGGCUAAGCUGAGCCAGGCGGUUGUAGAGACUCAGAGCAGUGCCCUGCGCAGUGGGACAGGAGUCCCAGGAGUUGGUGCUGCUGUCCAAAAUGUCCAGUUGGCUGCAGAGCAAGGCCUCUCUGCGGCCAUGAUGAAGAUACAGGAGCUGUCUGGCCAGCAGCAAACCUCUACUUCAGAGUCAGAAUUAGACUUUCCUCAGGAUGACAGUGCGUUCGCAGCUUCAGAGCUCAGGGAGGAAGGUGGGGACUUUAUAGUGGAUCAGUCAGGAAGUAGUGGUGACGCAGCAGCCCAUCACAGCGCAGCAGUAGGGGCGAACCAUGUCAGUGGGAAACAGUCUCUGUUUGAGGGAUACAAAGAUCCCAGCACACAGUUCAGUGGACACACCAGAUCUUACUACCAAGAUGCCAGACAUUUCAUUGGACACCAUCGUCUCUACAAUCACAGUCUAAACAGGCAUGUGGAGGGACAGCUAUAUUGUCAGCAUCAGGUCACGCAGAUGAGGAGCUACCAUCAGGACCCAUCCACAGUUGGUGGUCUGACGGCUGAAGACAUCGAGAAAGCAAGACAGAGCAAAAGGGCUGAGAUCAAACCACACAAACAGAUGUUGAGUGAGAGAGCCAGAGAGAGGAAAGUGCCUGUGACUCGGCUUGGCAGACUGGCCAACUUUGGAGGUCUAGCUGUAGGGUUGGGUAUUGGAGCUCUGGCAGAAGUUGCCAAGAAGACCAUCAGACUCAGUGGUGAAUCAGGUGAAAAUAAGAAAGCAGUCCUGGACUCCAGCCCCUUCCUGUCCGAGGCUAACGCUGAACGUAUCGUCAGAACCCUCUGUAAAGUCAGAGGAGCUGCAUUAAAACUGGGACAGAUGCUCAGCAUUCAAGAUGAUGCGUUCAUCAACCCUCAGCUUGCCAAGAUCUUUGAGCGUGUAAGACAAAGUGCGGACUUCAUGCCAAUCAAACAAAUGACGAAAGCAUUGAACAGUGACUUGGGUCCUAACUGGAGAGACAAGUUGGAAUCGUUUGAGGAGCGUCCGUUUGCAGCAGCGUCCAUUGGCCAGGUUCACUUAGCGAGGAUGAAGGAUGGCAGAGAAGUGGCCAUGAAAAUACAGUACCCCGGUGUGGCUCAGAGUAUCAACAGUGACGUCAACAACCUGAUGACGGUGCUGAAUAUGAGCAAUGCCCUUCCUGAAGGUCUGUUUCCAGAGCAUCUGAUAGAUGUAAUGAGAAGAGAGCUAGCACUGGAGUGCGACUAUAUUAGAGAAGCCCAGUGUGCAAAGAAAUUCAGGGAGCUACUGAAGGACCAUCCAUUCUUCUAUGUACCUGAGGUGAUAGAGGAGCUGAGCAGCAGCCAUGUCCUGACCACAGAGCUUGUCCCGGGGUUUCCCCUGGACCAGGCUGAGAGCCUCACACAGGACCUUAAGAACGAGAUCUGCGAGAACAUCUUGAAUUUGUGCCUCAGAGAGCUGUUUGAGUUCAGAUUCAUGCAGACAGACCCAAACUGGUCCAACUUCUUCUAUGACCCACAGACGCACAGGGUGGCGCUCUUAGACUUUGGAGCCACGAGAGGAUUUGAUCAGAGUUUCACAGAUGUCUACAUAGAGAUAAUCCGUUCAGCUUCCGAGGGGGACAGUGAGGGAGUUCUGAGGCAAUCUAUCGAGAUGAAGUUCCUAACUGGGUAUGAGUCCAAGGCAAUGGUGAAGGCCCACGUGGACGCGGUGAUGAUACUUGGUGAGGCCUUCGCCUCCACGGACACCUUCGACUUCGGUUCUCAGUCCACCACAGAGAGAAUCCACAACCUCAUCCCUGUGAUGCUCAAACACCGUCUCGCCCCGCCUCCAGAGGAAACAUACUCAUUGCACCGCAAGAUGGGCGGCUCGUUCCUCAUCUGCUCCCGGCUGAAUGCAAAGCUGCAGUGUAAGGAGAUGUUCCAAGCAGCGUAUCAGAAGUACUGGGAAGGCCGCACACCGCCCUCUCACUCAGCCUAAGCCAGUCUCAAGUGUUAGGUGUUUUGAUGGACAGGUCCUGGGGCCAGCGGCAAAGUGCCGCUCGGUGGUGAGGUCGGGGUGAGAAGAUGCAGAUCUGCAGCGCGGAGGCCAUGCUACCCCCCCCCCCCUUAAAAGGUCACUGAGCACCAGCUUAUCUUUCCCAUUUCGGGCAGUCCACUACAAUGAGGUUUUGAAAGGCACUUAUACAUAUUUACAGCCACCAUUUCUGAAAGGGAAAGGGAGCAGCAACAUGGCAUCUGGAGUGCUAUACGGCCACUUUCUUACUUAUAUAUGGCCCUGAGAGGACAGGCUGAAAAGACUUGGGAGGUGGAUGGAAGAAGAGAGAGAAACGGUCUUGUUUAGGUGUAAAAU